GGCUUAAUGACCUUGACCGUCUACUUGCAUGGAGAAAGGAUGUGAAUAACUUUAAUUUAUACUUUGUUGUGCCACCAGACAUUUUUGGAACAUUUCUCCUGCAAAGAUACAAGACAACUAAAGACAAAGAUUGCGUAAAAAAACGAUCUAGUAAUGCGAUGUCAGGAGAUGAUGAAAAUAAGGAAACAACAAGGAAGGAAAUGAAUAAAGAUGUGAAAAAAUGA